AUGGUCCGUGAGUUAAAGGAGAUAAAAGAUGGAAUAGGAAGUACCUCAAAAAGAGGGGUUGAGGGGAAGCGUUGGCUCAACAGGAACAGGUCUCAUAUAGCCCCUGAUGUAGCCCUGUCUAAGCCAAUUCAGCAAGGGAAUUGGGCAAAUCUACCAUCAGAAUUGCUUUUGGACAUAAUCCGGAGGGUUGAAGAGAGUGAGACUUCUUGGCCUGCUAGGACAGUAGUUGUCUUUUGUGCAUCGGUUUGUAAGUCGUGGAGGGAUAUCACUAAGGAAAUUGUCAAGACUCCAGAGGAAUGUGGGAGGCUCACUUUCCCCAUAUCGUUGAAGCAGCCGGGCCCCCGAGAUGAACCAAUCCAAAGCUAUAUUAAGCAGGAUAGAUCAACUUCCACUUACCGCUUAUCAACUUCCACUUACCGCUUGUACUUUGGUCUGACCCCAUCUGAGGAUGAGAGUGAUAAACUAUUAUUGGCAGCCAAAAAGAUUAGAAGGGCAACAAGCACGGACUUUGUGGUAUCUUUAGUUGCAGAUGAUUUUUCUCGAGCCAGCAAUACAUAUGUUGGAAGACUAAGGUCUAACUUUCUGGGGACAAAGUUCACCAUAUAUGACUGUGAACCUCCGAAUGAUGCUGCAGUGCAACAUAAUAGUCGAUCGAGUCGAAGGUUCAACAUGAAGCAAGUAUCUCCCAGAUUACCUGCGUACAACUACAGUGUAGCCACUAUUUCGUACGAACUCAAUGUUCUCCGCACAAGAGGUCCUAGGAGAAUGAAUUGUGUCAUGAAUUCAAUUCCGGUCUCUUCAAUUCAGGAGGGAGGCACUGCCCCGACACCAACAUCAUUUCCACAAUGUUCUGACGAGAAAUCAUCUUCCCCACGGGUUUCAGAAGGAAAGGACUCAGUCUUAAAUCUCAGCUCCCGAAAACUCUCAAGUUCAUCAUUUACACCACCACUUUCUGGAGAGCCACUAGUUCUUAAAAACAAAGCUCCUAGAUGGCACGAACAAUUGCAGUGCUGGUGCCUGAAUUUUAAGGGCCGUGUUACAGUAGCUUCUGUUAAAAAUUUCCAGCUUGUUGCUGCUGUUGAUCCAUCUUUAAAUAUAUCAGCUGCCGAACAAGAAAAGGUAAUUUUACAGUUUGGAAAGAUCGGAAAAGACAUUUUCACCAUGGAUUAUCGUUACCCUCUCACUGCCAUUCAAGCCUUUUCAAUCUGCUUGAGCAGCUUCGACACAAAACCAGCAUGUGAAUGA